AUCACAUCACCGCUGAAAAUUCGAGCUGGACGGAGCGUCUAUUAAUUUGUUGUUCUACUAAAAACUCAAAGCUCAUUUCCGCUCGUUUUCAUUACCGGAUAGUGCUUAUGAGAUCGGGCCGGACCGGUUAUCAAUUGAAUAAUAGGGCGGAAAGUACAGGCAAGCAUGAGGAUUGCACAUCUUUCUGUUGAAAUGCAUCAGUUCCGCUGGGCUGCCUCGUGACUCCAGCAGUGACCGAGAGGAGGAGCGCGGCGCAGGCAGUCGAUGAUCCGGGCCCCCGUCACCUCUCGUCCGCACCUCUGAAGCGCUCAUGCACCCCUGCUGGAUCAGGAGGACAAGAGGCAGCUGCACGGCGAGGCGCUGAAAUGAGAUGAGGCUCAGACAUGGAACUGUUGCCACGGCGAUUGUUUUCUUCACCUCGUUUCUCAGUCUGUCCUGGUACACGGCUUGGCAAAAUGGCAAAGAAAAGUUGGUAGCCUAUCAGAGGGAGUUUCAUGCCCUGCGGGAGCGGCUGCGAGUGGCAGAGCACCGGACCCUGCAGCGAUCCUCUGAGCUCAACGCCAUCCUCGAACAGUUCAGACGGGCCAUCGCAGAGACCAACGGCAGCAAAGACGCUCUCGCCAACUUCUCAGAUGAGACACAGAAGUUGUUGAAGGAGCUGGCUCACAGGAAGCCCCUCCAGGUGCCAAAUAUCUACCACCACCUGCCUCACCUGCUCAAUAAUGAGGGCAGCCUACAUCCUGCUGUACAGGUGGGCCAGGGACGUACCGGAGUUUCCAUGGUGAUGGGCAUCCCAACCGUGAAGCGGAAAGUGAAAUCAUACCUGUCAGAAACGCUGCAUUCUCUCAUCGAUAAGCUCUCAGCAGAGGAGAAGCUUGAUUGCGUCAUCAUAGUGUUCGUGGGAGAGACGGACAUAGAUUACGUAAACAGUGUGGUUGCAGGCCUUGAGAAAGAGUUUUACACAGAACUGAAUUCUGGGUUACUGGAUGUCAUAUCGCCCCCUGCCAGCUACUAUCCAGAUUUCAACAACUUGAAAGAGACCUUCGGUGACUCAAAGGAAAGGGUGAAAUGGCGGACCAAGCAGAACUUGGAUUAUUCUUUUCUAAUGAUGUAUGCCGUAAACAAAGGGGUCUAUUACGUCCAGUUAGAAGACGACAUCGUUGCCAAGCCCAACUAUUUUGCCACCAUGAAAAACUUUGCCCUUCAACUCGCCACUGAAGACUGGAUGAUCCUUGAGUUUUCACAGCUGGGCUUCAUUGGUAAGAUGUUCCAAGCCCCAGAUCUAAAUCUUAUUGUGGAGUUCAUCUUCAUGUUUUAUAAGGAGAAGCCCAUAGAUUGGCUGCUGGAUCACAUACUCUGGGUCAAAGUUUGCAACCCAGAGAAAGAUGCCAAACACUGUGAGAGACAGAAGUCUAGUCUGCGCAUUCGUUUCAGGCCCUCCUUAUUCCAGCAUGUUGGGCUGCAUUCCUCCCUGGCUGGAAAAAUCCAGAAACUCACGGAUAAAGACUUCCUGAAACCUCUACUGCAUAAGAUUCACGUGAACCCACCGGCUGAGGCGUCCACCUCUCUUAAAGUGUAUCAAGGCCACACACUUGAGAAGACCUACAUGGGCGAGGACUUCUUCUGGGCCAUUACACCAAUGGCUGGAGACUAUGUCCUGUUCAAGUUUGACCGACCCGUCAACAUGGAAAGGUUCCUGUUUCGCAGUGGGAACCAGGAGCACCCUGGAGACAAAAUCGAGAACACUACUGUCGAGGUCCUGCCUUUCUCGGAUGCUGAAUUGAAGACCAAAGAGAAAUACAAACGAACAGAGGAUCGGUUUUAUAAAAUUGCUCAGUUUGAGAAAGGAUUAGCAGAGGGGACGGUUGACCCUGCCUUUAACCCUGUGGUGGCUGUACGCCUGACUGUCCAGAAGGACUCUGCUGUGUGGGCAAUUAUAAGCGAGAUCCAUAUCAAGAGGAUACCUGGAUAACGACCUGCAAGUCCCCACUAGUUAAGGCCCUCGUUGGUCAUCUAAGUUGAGAAGUGCUGCUCGCGUCUACAGCGGUUCUAGAGUGACAGUGACUGUCAGAGUGCAUGGAAGGAGCCAAUCACAAUUUCCCUUAAAGAAACCAACUUGUUUUAUUUUCAUCUUAAACUUUACUCUUCCUGUGUCUCUUUUUCUCUUCUGCUUGCCUACAUUUUCCUUUUUUGAGUCUUUAGACUCAGAUUAGUUUUUUAUUAAUAUUUUAUUUGACCAUUCCCUGAAUUCUGCUGCGUGAAUGUGACUACUACUGUACAGAAAAAAAGACACUUUGUGAAGGAAUGUUUCAAGACACUGAACUUGUGUCACGAAGAAUUGCAAUCAUUGCUGUCACGAAGGACUGAUUUGUAGGAUUCAAGGCUGAACCAGUGCUGGAGAAAAAAAUGAUGUUCCACACUGCCGUCAUGGACUAUAAAUGACCUCGGACCCUAGGUCAGACAACCACGGCUAGAUUUCAGCUGAGAGAUGGAAUGGGACGACAGAAAUGUUGGAAGCUUUUGUUUUCUUAAAUGAUUUUUUUAGGGAUGUUGAUGUUGGCACUCUGUUAAAAACUGGUUUAUUUUUUAUUGACUGCUUUGUCAAAAUCUUGAAACCUAUUUCUAAAAACAGAAUGCAUAUCGUAGACCUAUACCUAGUCCACAAGAGUGGCUUUUCUUCCUUUGUGUCAGUUUAUCGUCAACCAAUCAAUAAUGACUUUCAGUUCGAAGGUUUAUUUUGCUGUUGUUACUAUUAUUAUUAUUAUGAUGAUCUAUGAAGGUGAAGUAAUUUAUUUGAAAUAAAUUUUUAAUUUGUACAAGAGGUAAAUGCUUUUAUUUUAUUUUCAGCAGAAAUGUAUGAUGUGGCAGAGAAUUUAUUGCUUUUGAGUGAUUGUGGCUCAAAGUCAAGUGAAGAAACUGGUUCAUGUUUGUUCUUUCUGUAGUUCUGAAGGGUGCAGGGCCGCCCACCUCUGUGCCUUAAUAUCCAGCACUCCUAAGGGGCCUGGAAAAGGACUGCCUUGGAUCAUACAAUAGAACUUUUGUUAUAUGCUUGAUUUGACUGAUAGAGCAUGGCAUGUCCAUAUUUCAUAUUCAGAAUAUUUCAUGUUUCCAGUUGUUCGUUGAGCUUGGACAUUGUUCAUUAAAAAAAAACAAAAAACUCUGCUUUCAUCUUGUCAGUAAGAAAAUGUUUUUGAUUCUAUAUUUGAUGCUAUACCUUUAGAUUAGCGAGUCUUGUGUAGGCCCAGAUGUAAUCUAAAGACCUUUUUGUCCAAUUCAAAUUUGCUGCACUGAUUUUGGGAAAAAAAUAUGUGGGGUGAAUUCAAAUGUGAUAAAAAUGUGUUAAAUGAGAGUACUUCUCUCUUUUUGGUAGCUGAAAGCAUAAUCAAAUUGGCCGAAAUAUUUAAUCAAAAUAUUUAAUAAAACUGGUGUGAAGGAUGUUUAGAACUUGGUAAAUUUUGCGUAAGUUUGCACUGAUUUCUGCAGGCACAGAUUCUGUGUGGGCCUGGUGAUGAGCAAAAUAUUACUAGAACCAUAGAUUAAAAAUGGUGAAAACCAGAAAUUGAAUAGGAAAACUAAACUGAAACGUCAACUAAUUAUUUUCUGUUGAUAUUCGGUGUGCUGCUUGGUCAGGAUUGGAUGUUAUACUGUGGUUCUAAUGUAUUUAGCUUGUAGUUGAAUUGAUAGUGAGGUGUAACUACUGUACAAAUUUCCAAAGUGCUUUCAUCUCAUGUGAUUGUAUAUAUCUUUAAAAUGAUUUUCGUUCAGCCUGAUAAAAUGUGUCUUUGUAUAACCCUUUAUGCUACAAGCAGAGACUUUCAGAACACAUCCUUUAUUGUUACAAUAUACUCUCCCUAUUUUUGUGACUACUUUGGGCUGGAUGUGAACUGUAGAACUUGACCAGUUUAUGUUGAACAAGACAACCAGUGUACUGUCAUGAGUUUGUUUACAGUUUAUGGUCUCUUCUGAGAGAAGAGACUAAAAUAAGUGAAGAGCGCUGAUUCUGAUCCUUAAUGUUGUGUAACGCGAGUUCUCUGGAAUGGGCAGUGAAUUUCACUAGUCCAGACAAGUGUUUUGUCAUAUUGCUGCCUUGUAGUCAGAUUUGUGCUCAAUGAUCAAUACUCAUGACUUGUUUCCAAACCUGUUUUAACACUCAGAGAUGGAUUGUUCUCUGCUGCCCUCUAGACGAACUCUCAUGGGCCACUUUUCCUGGACGAAUCCGGGUUUAUCUGCCCAGAUAGCACACGUACAUCUCUGAGAUGUCUGAUUUAGAUCUUUUCAUCUGGAGAGCCUCACAUUCUAAUUAGCAUCUGCUAAACAUCUUAAAGAGAUCAGAUUUACAAACAUUCUAAAUACUAAACGUCUCAAAGGCAUCUGCUGAAUGUCUUAGUGACAUCCGAGAGGAAAUGUCUUAUAGAUGUAUUGCAAAUGGGCAAACAACCUAAAAAAUAUGUCUUCCAGAUGUAAAAACACACAUCAAUUAGACGUCUGUGUGAUGAACGUGUGCUAUCAGGGUGGGAUCUGCAUUUAUCCAUCUUGAAAUCCAUCCUUAUAGCUUACAUUUCAUGUGCCUUCAUCUGUCUUUCUCCAGCUCUGACAUUGAUUUGAAUAAACUUCCGAAAUAAA